AUGAAAAACUCUGAAUCGGGCAGCACGGCGUCGUUAGAGAGCGGUACGGACGUGUAUGAGAGAAACGGGUUUUUUGAAGGGAAGGAUGGCAUGUCCAGGUGUAGGAAACGGAAACGCAAGAAGAGGAGGGGACGUGUAAACGGGGCGGGCGCGUCGGACGAAUGGGACGAAGAGAAGGACGCCAAAAUGGAGAAACGAAACGAGCGACUACGCAAAAACGAAGAUCUGUGCACCAGCGACAGCAUUAGUAACUGUGAAAAGUCCAGCGGCCCUUCUUUAUCAGAUGGCAGCUGGUUUAAAAAGAAAAGUCACUCUCCUAGUGGAGAUGACGAAAUGAAGAUAAGUCUGGCGCGCCUUGGGGAUACCACCACAGAUAGGAAAAUGAAGAGGAAAAAGAAAGCCUCAAAAUUGGGGAAAGGGAAGCAGAGCGACGCUGACGAUUAUGCGGAGAGCCACAAAGAGGAAGAGUUUUUUGCAGACCAGUCCCAUAGCGAGAGUGUGUUGAAGGGGGAGCAGUGCGGAAAGGGAGUAGAACAGGCUCGCAGUGAGGAGGACAAUGGUGACAACAACGGCUGCGAUAGCGGUGCCGAGCGGAAUGGCCACAUCUCGGACGGGAGCACCCUCAAGGACGGCGACGCGAACGUGCUGCGCGACUGCGACCUGAGCGACUUCCACGGAAGCACCGGGAAAAUAAUAAAGUUGAGAAUCCGGAAUUUUUUGAACCAUGAAAAUUUGGAGAUGUCAUUCAACUCGAAUAAAAAUAUAAUCAUUGGAAAAAACGGAAAAGGGAAAAGUGCCAUCGCCCAAGCCGUUGCAGUGGGGCUAGGAAGCCAAGGAAAGCACGCAGGCAGAGAUAUCAAUCUGUCUAAUUAUAUCAAGGAUUACGAUAAGAAUAAGAAAAAUUUAGUUUGCUAUAUAGAAAUCUUUUUGUCCAAUUCGGGGAAGAAUUCUUAUAAGAGGGAAUUAUACGGAGAUGUUAUCGUAGUAAAGCGCGUUUUGUCCGCACACACGAGCAAAUUCUUUCUCUAUGGGCUGAAACAAAACAGGAAGGAUGGCAGCUCCAUGUAUGUGGACACCGAAGAGGGGGAAACGACAGGAGGAGGGAAUGUUGCCCCCUCUGGAAAUCCCCAUGAGUGGAGUCAACCAAACAAAACGGAUUCGCAACUCCAUGGCCAUAGCUCAAACAGGAGUGUAAAAAGAAAGGCGUUCAUAGAUAGCUAUCUGAACAGUAUCAAACUAAAUAUAAGAAGUCCGUGUGUGUAUUUGGAUCAAGAAAAAGGAAAACAAUUUUUCAGUAACAUAACGGAAAAGGCAUUGCACAAAUUUUUUAUGAAUUCAGUGGGGCUAGAUAUAGUCGAAUCGGAAAUUGAGAAAGAGAAUGAACUACUACAAAAUUGCGGUCUUCAAAUAAAGCAAAAGGAGACUCAAUUAUCUCCACAGGUGGAAGAAAUGAAGCGAAUGAAGGAACGAAAUGAAAUGUUAAAAGAUGAAUUUGAAAAGUUAAGAAACUUGGAUAAUAACUACAAAAUGGUCGUCUUCUUUAAUCUGCUAAAGAAUGCCAUCAUUCUCUUCAAUGAGUAUUUAAAAUCUGAGCAUUUAAAAAACGAGAAGGUAAUUCUUAGUAUACAGAAAAAGAUGCACGGACUUGUGGACCAAAUUGAACUUGUCAAAAUGGACGUGAAGAAGGUCAUCGAAAGGGAUACACAAGUCUACCUUUUUGUAAAAAAGAAUCAAGAUAAAGUGGAAAAAUACACAGAUAUGAUUUGUCAGCUGAAUGAACUCAAACAUGAGUACACCAAUCGGAGGAACGAAAUUGUCAAUUAUUUGAGUUCUUUUGAGAAAGCCAAGGAAAAUAAAAACCUCCUGCAGGAACACCUACACCAGUACCAAUCCGAAAUGGACCAAAUUAAUGAAAAAAUGAAAGAAGAAACGGAGCGAGAGACACAUCUGCGUAACGAAAUCAGCAAAAGGGAAAACCAAAUCUACGAGAUGGAGUAUACCAUAAAUAAAGGCGAGAACGCGAUUGAGGACAUAAGCAAACAAAUGCAUGUUCUCAAAAUGCACUUCAAUAAAAUGCAGAAAAUAAAAAACACACAAAUAAAGCAGAAAAUUUACACUUACGGGUAUGACAUUUACUCGAUUAGAAGUAAUAUCUUAAAAAAUUACAAAAUUGUGAAUUCAUCCGAUGAGUUGUGCUCUGCUGUACUUUACCCACCCGAGUUGUUUCCCCACGGAAAGGACAGCGUGCUCAUCCGAGACGAAAUAGUGAAGCAAACUGACGCGAAAGAGGAAAACCCCGAUUUUGUAUUCAAGUAUGAACCGAUAGGACCAGCAGGCGAAUACAUACGACUAAAGGAACCUGUCGUCAAUGAGAAGGUACUAUCCAUCAUCGAGAAGCAUCUAGGGGAUCUGUUCUACUCCUGGCUGGUCAGCUGCUACGAAGACAAAAAUAAACUGAGCAAUAUGGAAAUAGAAAACAAAAACAAAAUGAACAUAAUUGUAACGAACGCCUUUCAACACAUAAACAGGAAGACGCUGCUCCAGAAUAUUCACUCCAUUCUUAACAAAAUGAAUGGAAACAGUAUUUACUCCUUUUUGAAUGUUGACCUUCUUCCAACCUCGCUCCUCUUCUAUCUUCAUGACAAUUUCAAAGUGGUCCAAACCUUGGUGUGUAACAAUUCGGAAGAAUUGCAUGAGCUGCUACGAACAAACGAUAGAAGAAUUGUCAAGUCCAUCUACGUUGUAGACGAGUUUGUUGUAGUGAAGGUGCUUCCCAAUGGGGGACUGCAUUACCAGCCUUCCAAAGAGGACUACUACAAGAAGCCCAUGUUUCUAAACAUGCACAAUGACGAGAGAUCCAUGUAUAAGGCAUCUGAAGGGGGCGCAGCAGUAGACCACAAGCAUGAGCACGGGACGGGUGUUGCUACAAAUGGGGUAGUUGCCAAAGUUGGCGACUCCGAUGGCGUCACGAAAACUGCGUCCAAGGAAUCGCACCUUACUGGGGGAGAUGUGCCAAAUUCGGAUUACAAAACGAAUGAAGAACAUCUGAACGAGUUAGAAAAAAGGAAGGAGGAAAAAAACGAAGAAAUUGUCAAGACGUCCAAAAGGUUACUUUCUUGUAGAAACGUCCUGGAGAGCCUAAACGAGUCCUUAAAAAAAUGCCAGUAUUCUCAGGACGAACUCAAGUACCAGCACCGAAAUAUCGAGGAACUCAUACAAAACCAUGACGACAUUUUUUCCGAACAAAUGAACUUAGAAAUUAAAGAAAAAAACAAAGACAUCGAUGAAAUAAAUGAAAAUGUGUUCCAAAUUGAUCAGUAUGUAGACACACUGGAAGGGAAGAAAAGCAACACCCUUGACAGUUGCCUAACCCACAAAUGGUUAAUAUCAACACAUGCUCAUUACUUGAGUAGGAAAAAGGACAAAAUCGCUGCCAUGAUUGAGGAAUAUAACAAUCUGUUUGAAGUUUUAAUGAAACUGGAGCGAGACAAACUAAGAAAUGAUGAAACCGCUUCGAGAAAUAAGAGAAGCUUCUUAGCAGCGAUAAACAAGCUACACAACAUUUACUUUGAAUACCUUGCAAAUGAGUUUCCCCUCGAAGAGACACUUUUGGAGAGUCCUUUUCUGCUGCUAAGGGGAAGACCCGCUAAUGUGCCAAUAACGAACAUUCUAAUAGACCGCUCUGGGGAGGAAAGUCAAGUGGACGAUCAACACCCUAAGGGGGUGGAACCCCUUGGGGAAGACAGCACCAGGCACCAAAAAAGGGAGGAGGAAACACUUGAAAGAAGAAAAAAUGACGACACUGCUGAAGAGGGCACAGUACGCGUUACCUUCACUGUGGAACAGCCUAACAGCGGUGCAGGCAAGGGAGAGCUCAUCUUCACCCGUAUUCCCCUCUCGAAUCUCAGCUCCUUUAACCAACUCUUCCUCCUCUCGAGGAAGGACGAGGGCGCGAUGCAUAACGAGGAAAGUAGUUGCAAACUGGCUGUCAACUCGUGUGAUAAGAAAAGGGAAACGGAAAUAAAGGCCCUUCGCGAUUUGGGCCAAUACGUAAAGGGGGUGCUGACCGGGGGUAGAACCAGUACUAUUACGAUCAGGAGUAGUGGGCCUCCAGGUGGGGGGAGCCAUGAGAACUUGUUUAGCAUGGUAGGCGACACUUGUGAGGACGACUCAGCGGGUGACGCCGCCAGUAACGAAAUCAGUAAAACAGCCACUAACGCGGCGGGGAAUCCUCCGGGCGAUGUCGCCGAAGCUGAUGAUGUCGCCGAAGCUGAUGAUGUCGCCGUUGACCUGCUGGACGAAAACUACGCAGACGUGCUGUGGAAAAAAAGGUGCGAAAAGAAGAAGGAAAUCACCGAGCUCCUUAAAAUAAACGGCUUUAGCACAAGGGACAGCACAGACAACUCCAUAAAAAACUAUUUCCACAGUUUAAUUGAACAAUACGGAAAUGAAGAAAAAAGUUACAACACACAAAUGAAGCAAAUUAACGACUUGAGAAAUAACUAUGACAUGCAUAUGGCGAACAUAAAGCUGCGAAGAUCUAAGUUUUGUCAUGUCUUAAAAAAAACAAAAGAGCAAAUAACUGCGCACUUUAAAAAUAUGCUGAAAGGUAUGAACAACUACAAAGGCAAAAUAGAGUUUGACGAUUUAAACCGAAAUUUAAAAGUUAUGGUUUCGAUUAAUCAAGAUAUGUCCAAAAAUAUUUAUAUGGAAAUCAACUCCCUGUCCGGUGGGGAGCGCUCGACCAUUCAGAUGGCCCUCCUGGCAUCUUUGUCCCUCACGGAAACGUCUUCCUUCCACAUCUUCGACGAACUCGACGUGUACAUGGACGAGCUCACUCGGGUGAAGAACAUGCAGCGCUUUUGUGAAUUCAUAGAACAGAACAACGACAAGCAGUACUUCUUCAUCACUCCUCACAUCGAAAUAACGGAGUUGUUUCUAGGAGAGGCCAAGGAGAAGAAGGCCAAAAUAUUAAAUUUGUCCUAA